AAUGGGAGUAUGUUCAAAUAAGAGUAAAGGUUUGAAUCAUUAAGAAGAUGUACAUAAUUAUACCAAAUAGAUUAGUAAUAUUUACAUUUAUUGGAUAUUAAACAUCCUGCCAAUGUGAAUUUGAAAUAUGCCAAUCAUUUUACAUUAAUUGAAAAUUAAUAUACCGGUUAAGGAAUUAGACUUACUAAUCAAUACACUACCAAUUUAUCAAAAAGUGAAUGGGAAAUGAUGCAAAAUUAAUUUUGGGGUAGAGUAAUGAAGUCAUAUAAAGAUAGUUAUAAAGAUUCAAUACAUUGGUAAAACAUACGCAAAGCUUUAUCAUAAGAUGAUGAAAGUAUGUCUUAUUUAUAUAAUAUAGAAUCUUCAAUUACCAUAUUGAUGAUGUGUAAAUUAAAAAUGAUUAGAAAUACAAUAUAAUUAUUGAUUUCAGAUAGUAUAAAUAUUGUUUAUCAAGAACAAGUAUUUCAAGUUCCAGUAUUUGUAAUUAAUAAACCAGUUUCUUGGAACAAAGAAGUAUUGGUUUUAGAUUUUGAAACAUCCUAAUUGAAAGUAAUCUGCUAUUAUUUUUAGGUGAGGAUACGUAGUAGUAAACUUCCUAAAGAUUUUUUAAUAUAAACUGAAAGCACCUCGACUGUUCUUGAAAUUAAAUAGAAAAUUUUAGAAGUAGCAAAAGAAAAAAGCUGUAGAUUAUAUUUGAAUGGUAGAGAAUUAAUAGAUCAAAAUUACUUAGGAAAUUAUAAUAUUACUUCAGGAACAGUACUAAUAAUAAUUAAGUUAGAUAAUUCAAGCUUUUUUGUGAUUAUAUAUUUAAAAAUGGUUGGUAUUAAUUUAUAUUAUGCAUAAACAAAAAGAACAGAUUCUUUUCAAAUGUCAUCUCUAACAUUAGAAACCAGAGUACGAAGAUCUCACUACUUUCAACAUUAAUAAAAUAAUCGAAGCUAACAAAUCUGCAUCUAUUUUUGAAUUAAUUUUAGAUAAUUGUAAGUUCAUCAUGGAUUUUAGCUUUUGCAUCUAAAUUUCAUAGUAAAUUAUUUUCAUUAAUAUAGAUUGUAAUCAUUAAUUUACUUAGGCUUAAAUAAUUGCAAUAUAGUGACAUUGCAAAAUAUUCCAAAAAUUGAUUCAUUGAAGAGAUUAACUUUAGAUUAUAACUUUAUAAAGAAUUCGGAACUAAUUCAUUUAUAAUUUUACUAAAAUAAACUCUUGUCUUUAUCCAUUAUGCAAAAUAAAUUAGAUUUUUCAGAUUAAUCAUUAUUACAAGAAUUCUAUUUAUUUGAUAAAUUAAUUCAAUUAUCUAUUGCUGGAAAUUAGAAAGAUAUAACUGAAUAUGAGAGUGUAAUAAUGAGAAAUGAGAUAUUUAAAAAUAUGAAGAACUUAGUAUUUUUAGACACAAUUGCUAAAGGAGAAUGUAAAAUUAUUUUGAUUAUACUUUAGAUCUAUCAAUUUGUAUGGAAAAUUAAUUUAAUGAUUAAAAAUAAGAACAAGAUUAUUUAUCUAGAUUGGAUGUAGUUGAUUGGAAGACUGAACAAGAAUAUAAAUAAGUGGAUUAAUGA